AUGAAUUUUGCUAGUCCGUUGCAAUUGUAUUUUUUCUUUGGUUUUAUUCAAAAUGCUUCUCGAACGCCAGUUAAUUUAAAUUUUCGUCCGCAACGCGAUCCAAAACUUUUCUAUCAUACCAAUGAGACAAUCAAGAUUGUGCAUAAUGAUUCGAAAAUACAACCUACUGUUGAACGACGAGAAAUAGAAAGUGCUGAACAUGUUGUUACACUCGAGGCGACUAGAAUCCAUAUAAUUAAUUUGGUAGUAAAACUUAAUCCAUCAAAUGAAACUGAAUCAGCUCGAUUAUUGAAACGACCUUAUUUCGAUCGUUUAGAAAAAAGAGAGCGUGACGGUGAUUUUCGAUCUCUCGACCAACAACUUCGAUCGGCAUGGAUGUUUUUUCCUUCACCAGAAUGUUUGAUAACACCCGACAUUGAUGUUCAUGAAGGACAAAAAUGGUCUGCUAUAUUCAGUGGAGGUGCAUUCGAAGCUCAUUAUGAAUUGAUUAAGGUUGAUGAUGAACAACAUCUUGCAUUCGUCGAAGGUCGUAAUUGUGUUUGUUCGAAUGGAUUGAAUGGAAAUAAGCGAUGGAAUGGCUCAUGGACGGUGGAUACUCGUACUGGAAUAAUCAAACAACUAAACAUUAAAAUUGAACAUCGCGAAGAUCAUAUUGGAAAAGUAACACACAAAACAAUUGCCAAAGUAUUAGUACGAGAAGCAGAAGCGGAGACACUUUUCGAUUAUGAACUUGACGAUGGUGAUGAAGAACUUUAG